AUGUGUUCAGGGUUCUUCAAGGGCACUUCUGCCGACCAGGAUCGUCGGUUUUCCGACAAGGAGCUCAAGUUGCUUAAGACAAUGAAGUUCCCUCCUGAGUUUGAUAAGAAGGUGGACAUGCGCAAGGUCAACUUGGCCGUCAUACGCCCAUGGAUCGUCAAGAAGGUCGUCGAACUCGUCGGGUUUGAGGACGAGGUUGUCGUCGAAUAUGCGAUGGGUCUACUGGAGGACGACUCACAACCGACACCCGACCCGCGUAGGAUGCAAAUCAACCUGACCGGUUUCCUCACAAAAAACACCCCUGCGUUCAUGAGUGCCCUUUGGAAUCUCCUGCUCGAAGCGCAGGAAUCCCCCGCUGGUGUCCCUCGGACGUUUGUCGAAGAGAAGAAGGAAGAGAUGCGCCAAGCACGGGCAGGCGAUACACGUGCUAUCGAGGAACGCGACCGUCGUGCGCGCCUGGACGAGAUACGCACGUCGGAACGUGAGGGUCGAGAUGGGCGUGGCGGGGGGCGCGGUCGUGGUCGUGGUCGAGGGCGAGGUCGUGGAGGGUUUGGGGGCGAUGACCGCGACGACAGACCACGAGACAGUGGAUGGGGUGCAAGAGGUGGCGGGAGAGGCGGGGUGCGUGCUUCGACUCUUUCUCGAUAA